UCUAUCAACAAACAUAGAUAUUAAUUACAAUUCAUUCUAUAAUCAUAAUUACGUACUUUUGUUUUUAAAGUUUCCUUUGCAGUUGCGUCUGCAUAUGGUAUAGCAGUUCAUUUUUCGUUUCCUUUUGAUGUCUGUUAUAUAUGGGAGCACCUCGAAAUAUAUACAUAAACGUAUAUCAUAUGCAUAUAUAAAUCUUGGAUAUGGUCACGGGCAGUUUUUUUUUUUUUGGUGUACAGGCAGGUAUUAAUUUUAUAUAUGGUCAAAAGACUCAAAACUAGAUAAGAAUAUCUCUUUUCGUUGUAAAAAGUAAAUCACAUCUUAAUUUCUUGGAGCAGGGAAGCCACCGCAUGCAAUUUACGUUCAUGCCAUGCUAUGAAGUGGCUUCUGCAGAGAGCAGCAGUAGCAUAUACAGAGACAUAUACAUAUAUAUAUAUAUAUAUAUUACAAAUAUAAAAGCAAAGUCCCAUUUCCAGGCAUUGGUCAUUGAAACAGCUAGCCUCGGGUUUCAUCAUAUAUAGCUGGGUGUUUGUUUCUUUGUUCACGACAUUCCGAAUAUCUUAUUCCAUAUAGCAAUAGACUAGAUUAGGCCUGCUCAGUCUUAAUAAUUCUUCCCUUUUCUUUGGUCAAAGGCGGCCCGCUCAAGUUUAAAUCUACUGAGUUGUCUGCCGCCUGCCUCAAAUUCUAUAUUAGCAUGCAUGAUGUGUGUGUGUGUGUAUCAGCUACGCGACAUGCAUAUUCACCUGAUGUUGAGUCUGAGAGGGGCAGGCCGGUAUAGAACGAUCAACAACCUAAUUUCUUUACUUCGAUGACUUCUUCCUCAUUUCACUUAAGUUUAUAUAUUACUGAUCAGUGAUCAGUACCCUGGCCAAACCUGAGAGAAUAUAUAUAUAUAUAUAUAUAUAUAUGAGCUAGCUAUAGCUAGAGAGGAAUAUAUAUAUUGGGGUGGCGCGCUGAUUGCUGACAGUGUGUAUUUGAGUAUGCUGAUUUAAUAUAUAUAUAUAUAUGUAUGUAUGUAUGUAUAUUAAUCUACAGAAACAGAAGAGGAGCACAACACCGCUGAGAAGGGGAGACAAUUAAUGGAUGGGAAAGCAGCAGAAGCAAGGCCAAGGCAGAUUCACAUCAUAUACUCCCUGAGUCGAGGGGGCCACAUUGACCAGCGCCAUCUUUUUCGUGUCCACCAAGUCAGUCAUACCGGAGUUUACCUGAGAGAUAUAAAGAGGUGGCUGGCAGACUUGCCCGGGAAAGACAUGCCGGAGGCCUUGUCCUGGUCCUACAAAAGGAGGUACAGGACAGGGUAUAUCUGGCAAGACCUAGUGGAUGACGAUCUCCUCACCCCCAUCUCCGACAAUGAAUAUGUCCUCCAAGGAUCCGAAAAAAUCUCUUCUCCUUCGAUGACUCCUAAUUAUGUUUGCUCUUCUUCAUGUGACUCAUCGUCAUCCAUUGAUGGGAAGAAUCAACCAGCUGAAGCUGAAGCUGACGCUGAGCCCGAACCCGAGUCAAAUAAUCCAGGGGCAGCGGUAGGCCCAACUGUUGAGUUUGGCCUGCAGCAACAGUCACCACUGCCUGGUUCGGAGAGCUCUACCUUGACUGAUGUCUCACUCAAGAAUGAACCAGAAGAAGUCCAACAGGAGAAGCCGCCAUCCCUGGAGUACACCGUUACUACUGAUUACAGGCUGGAAACUCGCAAUUCUUCUUUCAAUUUUAACCUCUCUAGCGAGAACAAGAAGAAGAAGAAGAAACAGGACAAGAAGAAGAGGCAACACGAUCAGGUGUAUAUAGAAAGGUAUAAUGCAGUGCCAGUAGGAGCAGCCUCAUCUGCUCAGUCGACGUUCACCAAGACCAAGAAAUGCUCAGGUGGAGCAGCCCUCAUGUUCAGGAAUCUCAUUUCAUGUGGGGCCAUCGACACUAAAGAUGCAUUCUUGGUCAUGCCCAAUCGACCUGUUGACAAACCUGCUUCACCCGGACCUCCUAAAGUACACGAGGAUCAGCCACGAGAUGCCAGGAAAAGCUUCGAGAGGUUUAACAGUCGGACUUGGAAGAACAGAAGUGAGAAGCAAAUGAAUUCCUCUUCCAAGAAACUGGUUUCAACUGCCCAUAAGCCUGUCUCAGUGCCCUGCUGCUCGCAAUGUGGAAAGUCCUUCAAGCCAGAAAAACUGCACAAUCAUAUGAAGUCCUGCAGAGGUAUGAAAUUAGCCUUGUCGAGAAAAGGGUUGGCGCCAAUGGCAGCCACUCCAGAAAAGAAAUUCAGUCCGGUAUUUGUUGAUGCUCCCCUCGGUGAUCCAGCUCCAGCCUCUCUUUUGACCUAUAAUCGCUAACCAAUCUAGUUCCAGGCAUAGGGAGAUAGGAAAACGAAUCCUCUGCAAAAUACAGCCAAACCCCAUGCCAACUGCUGUUCUGUUCAAUCGGUAAGCUUGGGCAGCAGCUCUUGAAAAUAAUCAGCACACCUACUUUGACAUAUAAAGAGAACAUUCUAGCUGGGGUACGUGGAGAUUGAAUUUAGAAAUAAUCAAGUGUCACGGAUAAGCUUUGAUCAGCUCUGUAACAGAUCUUGAAUACAUGGAGUUUCUUAUUUCUGUGGAUACGCAGACUAUGUACAUUAAAGCCUAUUAUAAAUCCAGAUGUAUAGAUAGAAAACUGGUUUCGCUAUUUGUUAAGACUGUUCGGGAAUCAUUGUACGUUUGUCCAGUGUGCCAUUUCCAUCAAGCCCAUUGUAAAUGCACGACAUGGCCAUGGAUGACCUUAGACGAUGAGAGAAUAUUUCCAAACUAGCACUAAGAUCAGAGAAUUAUCAGGUCAUCUGGUUUGCAUUUGUGGUUGUUCAUGAGUGCUCAGAUCUGUUCGAGGCGCUUUUCUUUUCAUUAAUUUUGUAUUUUAUCCAGGGGACGGGGACUGGUGAGCAAAUUCGAUGUAGAAUUUGUCUAAGCUGGGACACUGAGAAGGAUGGCGAAUCAGAAAACAGACCAUCCAUCUU